AUGGAGGGUCCAAAGAGACUAGAAGAAGGGUUUGGUCGUGCUCCAAUAUCUAUGGCCGGAGAAAAACCCAAAACUACAAUGGUGGAGCUAACAGAUGAUCAAAUCAAAACGACAACAAAAGAAAACGAGCAACCAAACGGUGGCGAUAACCCACUGUUGAAGAAAAAGAGUAAGAGGGUUGCGACAUUGGAUGCGUUUAGAGGUCUAACCAUUGUUCUAAUGAUACUAGUAGAUGACGCUGGAGGAGUAUAUGAGCGAAUGGAUCAUUCACCGUGGAACGGGUGCACCCUGGCUGAUUUUGUGUUGCCGUUCUUUCUCUUCAUUGUCGGGGUGGCAAUUGCCCUUGCUCUUAAGAGGGUUCCAAAUACCAAGUAUGCAGUAAAAAAGAUUAUCAUAAGAACAUUGAAGAUGUUGUUUUGGGGAAUUAUUUUGCAAGGAGGGUACUCACAUGCACCAUAUGACUUAAAUUAUGGAGUAGACAUGAAGAAAAUUAGAUGGUGUGGCAUCCUUCAGAGAAUAGCAUUGGUGUACAUGGUCGUAGCCCUGAUCGAAACCUUCACCGCAAAGCAUAGACCAACAGUCAUAGAGCCCGGUUAUUUCUCCAUUUUCUCAGCUUAUAGAUGGCAAUGGCUUGGAGGGUUCAUCGCGUUUCUAGUUUACAUGAUCACAACAUACGCUUUAUAUGUUCCUGAUUGGAGUUUUACAAUACACGAUGAUGACGGUAAAUCAGAGACUUUCACAGUUGUGUGUGGUAUGAGAGGGCAUCUUGGUCCUGCUUGUAACGCGGUUGGUUAUGUUGAUAGAGAAGUUUGGGGUAUCAAUCAUCUUUAUUCGCUGCCUGUAUGGAUUCGAUUAAAGGCUUGCACUCUUAAUUCUCCGGAAUCUGGUCCUCUCCGUCCAGACGCCCCUACUUGGUGUCGUGCUCCCUUCGAACCUGAAGGCCUAUUAAGUUCAAUCUCAGCAAUUCUAACCGGGGUCAUCGGCAUUCACUAUGGCCAUGUCUUGAUCCACUUCAAGGGGCAUGCUGAGAGGCUGAAGCAAUGGGUUACAAUGGGGGUUGGCUUGUUAAUCGUAGCAAUUCUUCUUCAUUUUACUGAUGCGAUUCCUAUAAACAAGCAACUCUACAGUAUCAGCUACGUUUGUUUCACUGCGGGAGCUGCAGGAGUUGUAUUUUCAGCUUUUUACAUCCUGAUUGAUAUUUGGGGAAAACGGACUCCAUUUUUGCUCUUUGAAUGGAUUGGUAUGAAUGCGAUGUUGGUUUUUGUACUGGGAGCACAAGGCAUUUUAGCAGGGUUUAUAAAUGGAUGGUACUACAAGAAUGUCGAUAACAAUCUGGUAAAUUGGAUACGUGAUCAUGUUUUUAUCGAUGUUUGGAACUCCGAAAGGUUUGGGACGCUUUUAUACGUGAUAUUUGUUGAGAUAACGUUUUGGGGAGUGAUUUCUGGGAUUUUACACAAGCUUGGUAUAUAUUGGAAGCUUUAAAAACCAAGAUAUAACAUGUUGUACUUUAAAAUUUUGGUGUGCUUCU